UAAGCUUUUUGAUAGUUUAGAACGAGAUAUUAAUAAGGCAUAUGAACAUUUUUUAAAAUGGAUGUCUUCAUGGGUGCAUUUGCCAUUGUCGAUUUGCCGGUUGGGUGGAAAUUCUGGUCAUGAAUUCGCAAGGACAUUCUACAAUGUGGUUCUGCAAUUACCAUGGCCUUCAGAACCAACAGAACGUGAAAUAGAAUUUGCGCAACAAUUGCGUGAUGAUUUUAAAAUUUCUAAUAAUACCUUUGGCCUUCUAGAGGAAUUAUUAGAUAGCUUAGAAUUUAUGGAUGAAUUUCAAA